AUGAAUGCUGGAUUCGUAAAGGAAUUUUUAGUACUAGAAGCCGCUCAGGAUAUUUCUGUAUCAUCAGAGAGCCCCUCCACCGACGCCAUUCAAUCCGCUCAGAGUCAAACAUCUUAUCCUCCUGUCGGUCCUUGUUCAACACCCGAUACACUAUCAAUCUUAGCUGUUUCUCAGUCGUGGAUGGAUUACUUGAAUUUUCCGGAGCACACCGACACUCCUGGUUUCGAUGGAAGACUUUUAUGCUAUCCGAAACCGCCUUCUUUUGGCGUUGAUGACUUCGGUUUGAGGCAGCAAUCUGUCCUUCUGGAACCAGGACGCUAUGUCGCUAGCCAACUAGAAAGCAUGAAUAAGCUUAUUAGCACUAGAGAAGACUGUCCCGCCGUUUAG